AUGACUGGUUCAGAGGUAUGCAUUGUUCAGAAGAGAGACACAAAGAAAAUGUAUGCAAUGAAAUAUAUGAAUAAGCAGAAAUGCAUCGAGAGAGAUGAAGUCCGCAAUGUAUUCAGAGAGCUCCAAAUUAUGCAAAGCCUUGAACAUACAUUCCUCGUAAAUCUAUGGUAUUCUUUUCAAGAUGAAGAAGAUAUGUUUAUGGUAGUCGACCUGUUACUUGGAGGAGACCUGCGAUAUCACCUGCAACAAAAUGUACAUUUUAAGGAAGAAACUGUGAAGCUAUACAUCUGUGAAUUAGCCCUAGCAUUAGAUUACUUACAAAGCUGCCACAUUAUACACAGAAUAAGAGAAGAGUACACAGAACCAUAA